CCUUUCUCAGCGUCUCUCUGUCUCCAAGCGCGUCGUCCGCCUCUCCCACGCCCGGCCGCCCCCGCUGAGCCCUCGGCCCCGGCCGCCCCUCGCGCGCCCGGCCGCCCCCGCCGCGCCCGGCCCCGACGCGCAAGGCCGCCCCGGCCCAGCCGCGGACGCCCCCGACGCGCUCGCCACCGAUGUGCCCGCCCCCGACUCGCCGUAACGCUCCCUGUGUCGUGUCGUUUCUUGCAGUCCUCUCCUCCCUGCCUCCAUAUCUCCCACCUCGGCCCUCUCUCCACGCGCUUCACUUCAUCCCUGACGCCGACGCCGACGACUCCGGCCGCUCACCCCGACGAACGCGCGCGCGCUCGCACUUUCUGACGACUCCCUCCCCGGCCCGGCUGCCUGUCACUGUCUCUCCCCUUCGUUCACGAAGCAGCAGCAGCUGUAGGAUGUACAGGGCUAAGAGAGCUGCUUCGCUCAGAGCGAAGCGCCAGCGCCUUGGCAAGUACGAGCUCGGAUGCACCAUCGGGGAAGGGACAUUUGCCAAGGUCCGGAUCGCCAAGAACAUGGACACUGGGGAUCAUGUUGCCAUCAAGAUCCUCGACAAGGCCAAGGUUCACAAGAAUAAACUAGCUGAGCAGGAGGGAAAUCUAUACGAUGAAGCUAAUACAACAUCCCAAUGUUGUUCGCCUGUACGAGGGGAUGGGAAGUUGAAAGGGAAAUGUGCCCUUAGGCCAUUUCUAAGUAUUUUGGUGAUUGAGUAUCAACACAAGUGCUUAAAUGUGAAUCAAUACCCAUAGAUGAACAAAGUGCAAAUCUUCAACAAAGGUAUGUUUCUAAGUCUUAGUACAUUGGUUUUGUGUACUAAUAUAUUUGUCUAAGUAUUAGAAACAGAUAGAAGAAGAGAAGAGAAGACUUGGCUGUGUACAGCCAAGGGGCUGUUUCGGUCUGGGGCACCGGACUGUCCGGUGGUGCACCGGACAGUGUCCGGUGCGCCAGGCUCCCUCGGCCGAAGAGCCCGCUCUCGGGUUUUUCUCCGGCGACUUCGGCUAAAAUUCACCGGACUGUCCGGUGUACACCGGACUGUCCGGUGAGCCAACGGUCGGCCGGGCCAACGGUCGGCCGCGCGAUCGGCGCGCGACACGUGGCCGAGCCAACGGUCGGAAGGAAGCACCGGACUGUCCGGUGUGCACCGGACUGUCCGGUGCGCCAGAUCUGCAACGGUCGGCAACGGUCGGCUUCGCCAUUUAAGGAAAUAAAUCGGGCACCGGACAGUGUCCGGUGUGCACCGGACUGUCCGGUGCGCCCGACGACAGAAGGCAAGGAUAGCCUUCCAGAUGUGUUCUCAACGGCUCCUAGCUGCCUUGGGGCUAUAAAAGGGACCCCUAGGCGCAUGGAGGAGUACACCAAGCAUUCCUUGAGCACUCUUGAUCACUCACACAUCAAUCAUGCGCACUUGUUCGACAUUCUAGUGAUUUGAGCUCCGUUCUAGUGUGCUAGUCUCUUGAGCUCAAGUCUGGGUCUUGUGUGUGCGUAUUUGCUGUGAUCUUUGUGUCGUGUGUGAGUUGCUAAUCCCUCCCUUGCUCCGUGAUUCUCUGUGAACAUCUUUUGUAAGGGCGAGAGGCUCCAAGUUGUGGAGAUUCCUCGCAAACGGGAUUGAGAAAAGAAAAGCAAGAACACCGUGGUAUUCAAGUUGAUCAUUGGAUCACUUGAGAGGAGUUGAGUGCAACUCUCGUCCGUUGGGACGCCACAACGUGGAGUAGGCAAGUUUUGUACUUGGCCGAACCACGGGAUAACCACUGUGUCAUCUCUGUGAUU